AUGUUAGCAAAAAGCGCCAAUCGGACGGAGUACGAGCGCGAACGCGACGAGCGCAUCGAAGCGAACAAAAGAAGAAUGGAAAAAGUUCUCGGAGACGCGAAGCGUAAAGCUUUUCCAUCGUCUUCGUCUGAAAAGGAUACAGAGGAGGAGAGAAGAAUAAAGAAGAUGAAGAAGAGUAACGCGUUGCUUCCAAAAUCCAAACCUUUGCUGUUCGGAGCGACGAAGAGAACGAGCGCGAGAGAUAAAAAAGUGGUCAACUACGCCGAAGAGAAAGUCGACGUUUCGAUAUCGACGCCCACUUUAGUCCCUUCUGGUGGUGGCACUGCGAAAAGAGCGUCGUCGUCGUUUGGGACGUACGACCCGCCAAAGACGCGAGAAGAGGCGCAAAAAUCGGCAGUGUUUUACAAACCGGCGAGGAGAACGAAGGAAGUGUAUCCGGAAAGUUCCGUCUUGAAGCGCGACGAGGCGACUGGGAAGCUGACGUUCAAAAACGUUCCGAGUUCGCAAGCGCACUUUCAACCGAAUUUGACGCCGAAAGAAAUGAUUCAAGCCGGGACGUUUGGUGGGUGCUACUUUAACCCGCGAGGAGGUAAAAAAGGUUUCCUCAAACGUCCAAUUCUAGUCACGUCAAAAGAGUUUCCCGAGGAAUGGUUCGAGAACAUGUCCAAAGGUUUAUACGAGAAUCGAGUGUAUAAAAGUUACCGAAACCUGUAUCAAGUGAAAGCGGGUCAAGAUCAGCACUAUUGGGAAGAACACGGAUGGAUUAACGAACAAGAUCCGAGAGGGUGGUUCCAAUGGUAUUGCAGGUUUUAUCUCGGGAGAAGAACGGCGGACGAUGCGAGACAAAUAUCGCGCUGGACCGGAGUUGGCGGCGAAAAAGGUCGAUGGAAGAAUAAUCUCUUGAACAAGAUUGUUUCGUCAAACAGACGUUUCGACGACGCCUCGAUUUCACCCGUCGUUCGACAAACAAUGUUACACUGGGCGAUUGAAGUUACGGAAAAAGAUUGCAUGAAGUUCGCCAAGAGUAAAGGAUAUAAACUAAAAGUCGUUUAG